GUCGACUUUCGCGAUCUAUUAGCAUUUGUCCCAAUAGUUCCUUCUAUUAUCUAGGUGGCAUCCCUCCAAGGUUUAUUUUUCCUUAUUAUCCUAGCCCCAGAUCUCUUGCCGUUUCGGUUCUCAGGAACACCUUUGUGAGGACCAGAUAUCCAUUAUAUAAGCGGCUAUUCCCCACCAAGUCUACAGGAGCUUGACGUCGAACUACAAUCACAAAACAAACCCUCGACAGUCCACAACCGCCGGCCGGAAGACUCCUAUAAGUGCCUGAACAAAGCCCCUUUGUCAUUAUAUUCGACAAACUCAACACAUUAUGGCUGAAGAUCGAACGAGCGAGCGGAUCGAAUUAUACGAUUCGGGUAUCACUGUUCCUUCCGACUCGGAAAACUACUCAGCCAACAAUGAGCUCUCUUCCUCCCCUCCAUCCACAUCAAGCUCGCCCGUGAUAUUAUAUAAACCCCCGACAUUCUGGAGCAUUUUGCGGGGAACAGCAAUCAACGUUCUACUUCCGUUUGUGAAUGGGUUGAUGCUUGGUCUUGGAGAGUUACUCGCACAUGAAGCUGCCUUCCGUCUAGGCUGGACCAACACAAAAAUUCUCCCAACCUACAGACGUACGACACCUAUUGGGCCCGGAAUCGAAUUGAGGGAAAUUCGCGACCGACGGACGGACCCCCAUGCCAACCUUAGGGAUGCAACAUCCCUUGAAUAGAUCGAUGCCUUGACAGACCGGAUAUCCAUCAAAUAGGAUGCUUUAAACAGCAGGAGGUCUCUUUUUCACAUAUCUUUUGUAUUGACUCGAUGAUUCCAGGGACAUGUACAUAGAAAGGGGCACACUUUGGUUGGCGUUUCCGGCAUUUGUAUUCAGAACGCAGGCAUUGAUACGUUAAUACUGUUACUAACAAAAUAUCUAAAACACCGACUCACAAUUAUACCUUUU